AUGAUCGGACAAGGAGUUGGUGUGUCGUUCGGAGCUGAGUUCUUCAACCCGGUGACCCCGGUUUCGGUUCCGGUUGCUGGUUUCCACCCUGGCCAGAAGCUCCGAGUGGUUCUUAUUCCGACCGGAUCUGAUCGUUUUGUGAUCAACCUCCGUACCCCGAACGAUAUCGCUUUCCACUUCAACCCUCGUUUUGAUGAGCGCUGCAUUGUGAGCAACAGCACCCACAACGGCCACUGGCAAAACGAGGAGCGAUUCGACCAGGAGUUCCCCUUCCACGCCAACCGCGUCUACACCAUCGAAUUCCAGGCCCACCCCGGAGCCAUUGCUGUGUUCCUCAACGGCCGCCCCUACUGCCAAUUCAACGAGCGCCACGACCACUCCAACGUGCACCUCAUUGAGGUCGAUGGCAGCGCCCAUGUCCACUCCGUCCAUGUCACCCAU